GUGACGUAAAGAUGACCAAAAACGCUUUCCUAAGAGUGGCCAGGACUGGCGGCCAGUUAGUAACGUCAUACCCAUGGCGGAAGUGGUGUGUGAAGUCACGCAGGGUCGGGCGGAGGAGAACUGCGAGAUUUCCUGCUCGUCUACAACAAGAUGACUGAGCUCUGCUUCCUGCGCUGCGUCUCCAACCUGAACUUCCGGGCACUCACCAGGGAGGAGGAGGCCUGUCUAGAUAGCUGCGCUGGGAAGCUUGUCCACUCCAACCACCGGCUGAUGGGUGCCUACGUGCAGCUCAUGCCCUCCAUUGUGCAGCGCCGCAUCUCAGACUACGAGGCUGCUGCAGCUCGGGUGGCCCCGGGCUCCAGUCCAGAGGAGGUCCCUGGUGCUGCCCCUGCGGCCCUGCCCACAGCAGUUGGCACAGGAGCCCACCCUAACCAGCAGGUGGCUGCCAGUGCAGAGAGCACCCCAGACCCCGUCAGCUAGUGCCCCACUGCCUCCUGGCGUUUCCUCGUCCCCCAUGGCUGUGCCCUGGACUUGGGCCUGGGUGUGGGACAGCCUCCCCCUGGGCUGGGCCUCCUCCCACCGCUGGAUCCAGCCAGAUGGACACUUCCGCCCUCUUCACACGGGACUGGGCCAAUUAGUGCCAGCAUCACUACCCUCGAUGCAACUGCCAGCAGCAGCCCGGGCCUCCGGACAGCGCAACCGCGCGAGUUCCAGCCAUGUUUGGGCCAAGCCAGCCUGCCUCUCGGGCUCUGAGCAGCUGCUUGAGUCCAUUGCGACCAGGCCGUCUGGAGCAGCCUGAGGGUGCCCUGCUGAGGGCUUGUUAGUCACAGCAGCCGCUCUGCACUAGGCUCUUGUGCCCCAGGGCAGGGUUUUCUCUCUGUCCUGGAAGGCUAUUUCCUAUUAGCAGUAAAUCAGUGUCCUCUUGAUGUCCUGGGUGCGUGGGAUGCUUUGGGCAGGGCCCAGCCCGCUCACACAGCUGCUGGGAGGGCCUUCCCAGGGUGUCACUUCACCCUGCCCUCAAGCUAUGUGUGUGUUGGGGGGCUCUGGUACUGCUUCUGUCCCUCGCUCUCCUGAUUCUCCACGGAGACACACCCCCCAGUGGAGGUGGCAGCCCCACACCCUGGUCGUGCCCCUUGGCCUCUCAGUCUCUGUUGCUCCAUUGUGACACUGAGUCACUAGGGUGAGCCCUGCCCCCCAGGGGCUGGGAGACGAGGGGGUCACUGUAAGGAGAGGGGCUCUGCCCCUGGCUCCUGUACACCAGCGAAUGAAGCUUGUGUGGCCCCACAAGAGUGAGAGGACUGUCUUGCAGCCUUGUGGGGAAGGCUCCUGUCUGCCUCCGUCCGCCGCCCCUGCCCCUGCCCCAGUCCCAUGUGCCAAUGCACGAUGCUCCGAGGUGGAGCAUGGGGCUGUGGCACUUGGCGCACAUUGACAGGCUUGGCCCUGCUUUUAAACACUGUCCUGGGAGUAACGCUUCUAGUGUGCCAGGCUGCACUCCACCCCGGGCAGGCCGCGCAGCCACAGCACCCCCUGGACUGGGCCCAGCGUGUCCUCUGAGAUAGACUCCUACUCAGAGACCCCACGCGGCCUCAGGAGCACAGCAAAUGACAAGCCGGCUGGGUCAGAACAAGGGGGUAGUGCCUGGGUGUGGUGUUAGGAAAGGUGGACGCCACGGCCUGAAACACCCUGCUCUGCUGAGAUCCAGCUUCUCUUGUGCUGGACAGCUGCAGCACCUGUCUCUGGGAGGAAAGCUUCUCCCGCUCCAGGGGCAGCCGUGCCAAGUGGAGUGCACGGAGCUGUACAUGGGUAAUAAAGAGAUUAACACGAA